AUGGUGGAAAGAUUUUUCCACUCGCGCAGUAAAGCUUCCCAAAUUCCGGCUGAAUCCAGCAAGAUAUCCCUUGUCUCCGGCCCGCUUUCAUCUGGUAAGACCUCGUUGCUUUUCCAAUUUGCGCUCAACUCGACGGCGGGAAACGUCGGUGAGGUGGUUUUCUUGUGCAGCAGGCUCCGGCUGGAACAAAAUCCUCCUUUCCUCUCGCAGGGUGUUGAUCCAUCUUCGGAGAUAUUUGGACGGGUUCAAAUGAAGUAUGUGGAUGAUUAUGAAGGGAUCAAGAAGUUUUUUGCUGCAUUCCACUUGCUGGAUACAUUCCCUGUUUCAGUUAUUAUCGAUGAUUUUGCUGAUUUUUUCGAUGAAAGAAAAUGCCAAGAAAGAUACAAGAAUCCAAGAGGAAGAGACUUAGCCAUGGUGCGAGUCUUGUCGCUUUGCCGGAAUGCAAUUGAUCAUGCCAAUAAAAAGGGUUGUUGCGAAGUUGUACUGUCAGACACUCACAAGGGCGAAAUCCCGAGGCUUCUCUAUAUCUACAAGAAGUGGGUUCACUGCAUUUACACUGUUAAAGGUGAUGGUUCUGGAUCAUUUAUCCUUCAAAAGCUCUAUCCAGACACUGCAAAUUCCAAGAGAAAAUUCGCCAAGUACUCCAUUGCACUACAACGUCUUGAACUAGAGGAUCUUGUUGAAGGAGUUGAAUGUUAA